AUGACCACGUGCUAUGGUUUAGGUGAGGUUAAAGGUGAAAGAGACCAGUCGGGCCCUUUGUUUGUGGGUAAUUUGCACCCACAUGUAACCGAACAGGUGCUGCUUUCAAUCUUCCUCCCAUUUGGACCAGUCUGUUUUGUGAAAGUGUGCAGAGACAGAGCAACCAACCUCUCUCGUGGGUUUGGCUUUGUUACUUUUGCACACCGUCACAAUGCAGAAAAUGCCCUAGAUACUUUGAUUUUUUCUGAGCUCUUGGGCAAACCCAUGCGAAUCUUGUGGGCUCAACACGAUUCCACUUUGAGAAAAAGUGGAAUUGGAAAUAUAAUUAUUAAGGGCUUAGCAAGAGACAUCGAUGACCUUGCUCUAUAUGACACUUUCUCAUGCUUUGGAGAAGUUCUUUCCAGCCGAGUGGUCUGCGACAGUAAUGGUCAACCUAAAGGCUAUGGUUUUGUCCAUUAUGCCACACCAGAGGCUGCUGAAUUGGCAAUUAAGAAGCUAGAUGGUAUGCUGCUAAAUGACCAUCUAGUUUCUAUAUGCCAUUACAAGCCCUACGAGGAACGCCAGGCGAACCAAAAUGCCAAUUUCAAAUGCUGCAAAAAGAAAGACAACAGUCUUUAUAUAUCAAACCUGCCAUACAGCUUGGGCAGUGAGGAGCUGUGCUCCCUGUUUUCUGCGUUUGGAUAUGUGACCAGUGCAAAGGUUAUUAUGAACAACAGCCAGAGCAUGGGUUAUGGAUUUGUUUCAUAUUCCUCGGUUAAUGAUGCCAUUAUAGCUGUAUCAUUAAUGAAUGGCUAUAUUGUUGGUAACCGGCCACUGAAGGUUGCUUUUUCCCAUAGUGCAGAAAAAAAGGAAAUAGAACUCUAG